ACCUGGAGGCGAGAUGUGAGCUCGCUUCGUCAGGUGGUGGGGAGGCAGCAGUUCCUCUCGGACGUCGAAGGAGAUAGGGUCGACCUCUCUUGAGUUUGAUAUAGUAAAUAUCUGGCAGCGUCGAGUUUACAGAAGCAGCGAGAAAUGGCCCCGAAGUCCGAUCUUAUCCGAUACUCGCCAACACCUGCCUUCACUGCACGUGUCCUGGCCCUGCCCGUGCUCACUGAAGCCGUGCACAGGGCUCUGGAUGUGUACGAAGACACCAAGACCAGAAAUGACGCUAUGGGAGCCGCCCUUAGGGCCGCCGAAGCCAGCAUGCGCGUAGCAGCCUCUGGAGCCAUGCCCCUGGCCACGCCCAUCGUGAACACCGUGGGCGGCUGGGGCGUGGUCGAUGAGUGGGCGUGUCGUGGGCUGGAUAAGGUAGAGAAGGUGGCACCCAUCAUUAAGAAACAGCCGAGAGAAAUCAUACACUCAACACGACAGACGGUGCUAAGGGCCGUGGCUGGGGACAACGGCACCGUCCCUGAUUCGUUUUCCGAAGCUUUCACUGCUAGAGCCAAUCAAGCAGUAAAUAUCGCUGAGUUUAUGGCCAACAGCCGAGGUGGCCAUGUGUCACACGGGCGAACUCGGGUGCCACAUGGAGGUGUACUUAUCAAAGUGACUUCCCUCCUGAACAAGACUCAGCAAAGGCUUUACCGUUCUGUGUACGUACUGAUCCGCCCACCUAACGAUCGAUCGCUUGAUGGUCCUAUAUCUGUUUCUAUGCUGGUUGACUUCGGCCGUCGCACCGCUGAAGAACUGUACGUCGAGUUACUCCGCGAGCCCUUGAAAGAUGAGCCUCAGAACCCUGGAAUGGCAGUGGCUCGCACCACCGUCAAGCUCACCAAACAGUACACUGACCAGAUCAACGAAUUGCUGAAGAAGCAGGUGGAUAGUGUGAAAACAAUGGACAGGGAUGCCAUCAUGCAGAUGCUACAGAACUCCAUCAAGACCAGUUUGGAGAUAUCCUCUAACACUGGCUCCUACGUCCAGGGAGGUCUGAAUGCAGUUGUCAAUGCCAUUGGCAAUGUUGUGCAGAACGCUGGAAGUUACAGGACGUACGUCGAGGACAUGCUGAGGAAAGCCAUGGCAGACUACGAGAACAAAGAGCGAGCCGCCAGGGCUGCAGCAGCAGCAGAAUCCUGGAGGAAAAAGAACAACAUGGAGAGAGUUGUCUCUCCCCCUCCACCACAGGACACCUACCGGAGGCUGUCCAGCUCCAAGUCUCCUGUCUGGGAAGGCAGAAGGGGAAGCCGCAGCUAGGAUGGUGCUGCGGAGCGCUGGAGCUGACCUAACCUAACCUAGAGAACCGACCAAUUCCUGAUGUCUUCGCCUAUUGGAUUUUCAAUGUGUGGUCUAGUCUUCUUUCUUAGUUAAGGUUGGAAAAAGUGAUUUAGAGAGGUCAUUUACACAUCUGUUCUGUAGCUAGUGUUUGUAGAGCACUCUUUCGAGAGCUGGAAGGUUCUUGAAUGGGUUUAGAUUUGAUAGGUAGAAUGCACGACUGUAUGUAUCACUUAGAAAUUGCUCAAUAUCGAUUCUCUCUUGUACUUUUUUUCUGUUAAUCGUAAAUUUCAUAUAUAUAGAAGUAUUUGUAUGCUUGUAUAUGCCACUUAGCCAUUUAGAGAAAGGUCUUUGAUAUCUAUGUUGAACUGUAUUUCAAUUUGAACAUCCAUAUUUGCACGUUUUCACCUGCUGUAGAGAAAGCUGAGAGAUCAGAUGAAGAUUAAAGUAUUACUUUGCUCUUGAAA